GAUCGAACUUGGUCACACUCAGCCACCAAAAUGACUUGAAAACAGUGUCAUAGGUACAUUAUUAAAUAAAUAAAUAAUUGUACACUUACAAUGUACAACUACUUUAGUUUGUAGGGGCUGGGAUGCAAUAGGAAAUGGACAACUUAAAUUUAUACGAAGUGCUAGGAGUGGCUCCGGAUGCAAGCGAUGAGGAAAUAAAGAAGAACUACCGAAAAUUGGCCAAAGAGUUCCAUCCAGACAAGAAUCCCGAUGCUGGAGACAAGUUUAAGGAGAUAUCCUUCGCCUACGAAGUGCUGUCCGAUCCCGAAAAGCGUCGCAUCUACGACCGUUACGGAUUGAAGGGCCUUCAGGAGGGCGCCGAAGGAUUCUCGGAUGCCUCCGAGUUCUUUGCCCAGUGGUUCCCCUUCGAUCGAGUAUCGCCCGGGGGGCGAGGCAGGCGCGAGGGCAAGGUCGUGGUCAAGGUCGAGCUGACGCUGGAGGAGAUCUACGUUGGCGGCAUGAAGAAGAAGCUGGAGUACAAGCGCCAGAAGCUGUGCCCCAAGUGCAAUGGGGACGGCGGGCCCAAGGAGGCGCGCGAAAGCUGCGAAACCUGUGGCGGAGCGGGUCGAGCGGCCGCUUUUACCUUCAUGGGUCUAAGCGCAUUUGAUGCGACCUGUCCGGCUUGCGAUGGCCGGGGAUUCACGAUCAAGGAGGACAAGAAGUGCAGUCCUUGCCAGGGCAGCGGUUUCGUGGAGCAGAAGAUGAAGCGGGACCUGGUCGUGGAGCGGGGAGUCCCACACAUGCUGAAGGUGCCCUUUGCCAACGAGGGCAACCAGAUGCGAGGCGGCGAGUUUGGAGACCUCAUUGUAGUUAUCGCUCAACUGGACCAUCAACUCUUUCAGCGCCGACAUGCCAAUCUGUACAUGCGGGACCUUGAGAUAAAUAUCACGGAGGCGUUAUGCGGAUACACACAUUGCUUUAAGCACUUGGAUGGACGGAACGUCUGUCUGCGCACGCAUCCGGGUGAAGUCCUGCAGCACGGCCACAUUAAGAUGGUGCGGGGCGGCGGCAUGCCCGUUUUCAACAAAGCCACCGACAGCGGAGAUCUCUACUUAAAGUUUAUGGUUAAGUUUCCCGAAAACGACUUUGCCACGCCUGCGCAGCUGGCAAUGCUGGAGGAUCUACUGCCACCCAGACAGCAGGUGGUGAUUCCCAAAAACGCCGAGGAAGUACAGAUGGCAGACUACAAGCCGCAACCACGGCAGCCGGACGACGAGGACGGACAGUCGCCACACUUUGAGGGCGUGCAGUGCCAGACCGCUUAGUGCCUGUGGUUGUGGCUCCUGCAGACGCGAUUUCUCUGCCUCGAUCUGUGGCUGAUCCUGGGCACCUUUGGCAUAGAUGAAGUCUGCUUCCUGGUGCCGCUGUUCGUAUUGAUAUGCAUAGUAUUAUUUUUCAUACGGGAAUGUUUGCUGUGAAAAGCGCGUGAUCUAAAUUCGUAGUAUUGUUAUUGUCCGAGACUAAAGCUUAGCUGAUCUGAUUUUAGAAUAGGAGUGUCUUCAAUACAUAAGCCACGCUAAAUUAACAAUAUUCUAACA